AUGCAAAGUAUAAACGCUGUCAAGAGGGCUGUCAAUAUCAUAAAUGUGGGAAGAGAUAUGCUUGCUAAGACUUCAUUCAUUCAUGUGUAUUUAUAUGAUCGUUUGAGUAAAACUCGUGUUAGUCGUUUUAACACUAAAGAAUUACAUGAACAAGGAAUAUACAAGAAGGAGGAGUUGUUGGAUGUUUAUAAAAAGAUAAUACAGGAAAAAUAUCAUGCAGAAAACCCAAUAAAAAUCACCUUUAAAAAUGCAAGGUGCGUCAAGUGUGGAAAAGAGAUUGACAUAAGGUUUGCUGAUAAGUAUCCGUGUCAUACAGAGGUAAUUCACAAACAUCCAAACAUGAAACUUGUUCAUCCAGGACAACUGGUACCCAUAGAUGGCAGGGAAUUUGAACGUCGUUUCAUAGAUGACAAUGAAGAUAUUUUCAUAGGUGACAGGAAAUUUGGACAUAGUUACAUUGAUUCCAUCCCAAUUUAUAUUAUGUCUAGUGGUUGCAGUGUGCGCUGUACUGAAUGUGAUAAAGGCACGGCUACGCAAGGGUGCAUGAAAGUUUGCAAGGGAUGUGGCCGGCCUUGGGGAGAAUCACAUGGCUGUUCCAAGGAAGGGCAACACGAAUUUAAUACAUUUUACAGUUCACAUGAUGAAUUAUAA